CUACUCAGCAGUCAAUCAUAACUCAACCGCCGUGCGGAUCAGUUGUUGCGCGUGUUCGCGGGUGCUUUUCGAGUUUUCCACCGGUAGAUUUCCGAAGUCAUUCGUUGCGGUGGUUAUUUUGUGCACGACUUCUACAGUUAGCUGCGAAGAAAGCUAAGUGCAGUGCCGAAACCUUUUGGUGACCUUGCAGAAAGCAAAGUUUUUUGAAGUCUCGCCGUGACAAGGGUCAACUUUAAUUACCGAUUCCAUUUCACAAAAAAGGGUAAAAACGCAAUUCGCUUCGGAGAAAUCUACGCGCGCGGAUUUGUGUCACAGCCAUAGUAAGAGGCUAGCGAGAGAGAGAGAGAGUGUGUGUGCUCAAGAAGGCAAUAGUACCAGAAGAAAAAAAAACCGCGUUCAAACGGCAGGAGGCAAAAAAGCAGCUCAUUGCUCAAGAAAAGAGAAAAGAGUUUGCGGUCAUCAUCAUCAGCAGCAGCACCGCGCCGUCGUCCUCAUCGUCGUGGUCGUCGCCACUACCUGGACAGAAAGCGAAAGAAACCGUUGCGCCGUGUGUGAAAGUCCGCGAGGCCUAUUCAACUUGAAACCAACCGCACAGUCGGGCAGUCGGGAUGGAUCGAUUCUUACGGUUCUUCGUUAAGUUUCACGGCUAUGCCAUCGCACUGCUCAGCAUCUUGUUUGCCCUAGUGAGCGUGCUGUUCACUCGACUCAAUUACCAGUACCCGUUAGAGGAGUGGUACAAUUUCCGCUUCUCCGGGAUCCCGAUGCUGAUUUUGGGCGCUGCCUGGAUUAUGGCCAGCCUCGUGCUCGUAAUCGGGGUGUUUAAGGAAUGCCCCAAGCUGAUCUACCCAUACGGAGCCGUUUUUGUGGUGGAAUUGGGCACGCUGAUUCUACGGGACGUCUACCUGCUGGUGGCCGGCAAGGACUGGGACGAGAUGGUGUUCAUCAACAUCAGCGUCGUGCUGCUACUGUUCAUCAUCCCGUACAUUGCCCUCAGCCUGCUCGCCCUGCUCAAACUGAUCGAGGUGGAUCCAAUCAUGCCGAAAAGUCGCUCCGAUAACUUCGUGAGAUUUGACAACACUCAAACCAACACGGAAGCAUAGAAAAUGGGAGCCUCAAGAUUUCGGCCACUCGGCGGUUUUUCGGUAGCAUCAACAUCAACAUCGAAAAAGGGGGCCAACAGUCAUCGUCUUCAUUAUUUUGGGCGAUCAUAAUAAGGUACAACUGCAGCAGUCAUCGUCCAUUCAGAGGCUACCAACAGCGCUCAAAACCAGCCCAAAAAAUCACCACCGAUCGGCUCCUAUUACGAGACCAUACCAUAAAUGCGCACACUCGUUAAACAGCGUGAACAAGAGUAAGGCCCCCAGACUCUUUCGAAAACUACCCCCUUUCGCCCGGUGUCUUACCCCUCCUCCCCCUCAUGCAAAAAGGGAAAGACACUCGCGCAUAAUGGAGUUGAAGAGAUUUUAAUUGUUUAUUGUUAGGUUAGGCUCUUUAUAACUGACACGGCGGUGUGGUGUAACGCGGCGAUGCAUUUUUCUCCGCGCUAAUGUUUCUUCGAACGUUUCUUCUUCGCUAUUUUUUCCUCGCGAAAAAAGCCCCGGGAGCUUUUUCUGUCCGACAAGCAACACUUUUUUUCUUCUUGUACAUGUAAGGUUAUAAGGAAUUUCAUCGAAUGAUGGCUACGCUCCUCUAGCAGUAAGAUGAACAACAACUGCGACAUCGAAACCGAACUUACGACACUUUCACGGCGUCUGUUAUAAUUCUAGUUUUUAAUCGUUAUUCUGACCUCGAAACUGACUGAUUCUAGAAACUUUCUGUAAGUUUUAAUUUCUAACUCUAAGCUAAGGUUGAAUGUUUUCGAGACGAUUUUACUGCCACUGGAUCGUAGUCACACGAACAUUACAAACGUAUAUUUAUUCUCGUUCACACAUCCCUACACUUAAUAUUUUUUAACGAAUGCGAUAGGUUUUAUUCCUACCAACAGUAUUGAUUAAGAGUUAAAUGAAGUAUUGAAAUAAUG